CUUGUGUGUGUGGGCUCGGCUCUCAGCGGGCUCCCGGCUCGGCCGCUCUCGCUCGCUCGGUCCUGCGCCCCGGGCUUUUGUGAAGGAGCCGUCCCCGGCUUUGUGUCCCGACUUCCGCGCGGCCCCGCGGCGCUGCUCCCGGCACCGGAUCCCUCCUCCCCCGCCGCGGACAGCAGCGAGCGAGAGCGAGCGAGCGAGCGCGCCGGCGUGAGCGACGACCGAGGGGCCGUAGAGAGGGGGGGACCGAGCCGCCGUAGCCGAAGAUGCCGGAGUUCCUGGAGGACCCCUCGGUCCUGACCAAAGACAAGUUGAAGAGCGAGUUGGUGGCCAACAACGUGACGCUCCCGGCCGGCGAGCAGCGCAAGGACGUGUACGUGCAGCUCUACCUGCAGCACCUCACGGCGCGCAAUCGGCCGCCGCUCGGCUCGGGAGCCAACAGCAAGGGGCCCCCCGACUUCUCCAGCGACGAGGAGCGCGAGCCCACCCCGGUGCUCGGCUCCGGGACGGUCGCGGGUCGAGGCCGCGCCGCCGUCGGCAGGAAAGCCACAAAAAAAACUGAUAAGCCCAGACUAGAAGAUAAAGAUGACCUAGAUGUGACCGAGCUCUCUAAUGAAGACCUUCUGGAUCAACUUGUGAGAUACGGGGUAAAUCCUGGUCCCAUUGUGGGGACAACCAGGAAGCUGUAUGAGAAAAAGCUGUUGAAACUGAGGGAACAGGGGGCAGAAUCACGAUCUUCUACUCCUCUACCAACAGUCUCUUCUUCAGCAGAAAAUACAAGGCAGAACGGAAGUAACGACUCUGACAGAUACAGCGACAAUGAGGAAGGAAAGAAGAAAGAACACAAGAAAGCGAAGUCCACUAGGGAUUUUGUUCCUUUUUCUGAACUUGCAUCCGCUCCCUCUGGUGGAUUUUUUCAGGGUAUUUCUUUUCCUGAAAUCUCCACCCGUCCUCCUCUGGGCAGGACUGAACUGCAGGCAGCUAAGAAAGUGCACACUGCUAAGGGUGCUGACCCAGCCUUGCCGGGGCAGGGGCAGGUGCAGACAUACAUUCCUUCCGAAUCUAGCUAUGAUAGGUGCGUAGAGAAAAGUUCUCCGUCAUCUUUUCAGCGUGAACUCGCUGCCAGGUUGGCUUCUGUUGCCGCUUCUCCUUCACUGAUAAGAGAGACCACUACUAGCUACUGUAAAGACACAGUAGAAAGUAUUCACCGCGGAGGGAGGUGUAGAGCCCAGCCGGCCUGCACUGCGGGGUCUGAGGUUUUGGGGCAGUCAGUUCAGUGUAGUGAGAGGGAAGUGCUGCAAGAGUCAGAGAGAUCCCAAGUCAUCUCUCCACCGCUUGCUCGUGCAAUCAGAGACUAUGUCAAUUCUCUGCUACUCCAGGGUGGGGUCGGCAGUUUGCCUGGGGCUUCUAAUGCUGCACCCAUCCUGGAUAUAGAAAACAUAUGUAAGAGACUCAGCCAGUCCGGCCGUGAAGAAUCUGAAUCCCUGGCUCCUCCCUACAAAGUCCCUAGACUCGGUGAGAUGCCUGUAAAAGAAGGGAAUUCAGGGUCACGUGUGGCAUCUCAGAACAUACCUGAAUCUGAACAUAUGUCUGCUUUUGCCAAAAGUGUUGUCUCUCAUUCCCUUACUACUUUAGGAAUAGAAACGUCUAGACAACCACACCCUGAUAAAGUAGAUGGCUCAGAACCAUCCUUUCCUUUGCACGAGUCUAUUUUGAGAGUAAUCGAAGAGGAGUGGCAGCAGAUUGAAAGGCAGCUGCCGUCAUUGGCGUGCAAAUAUCCAGUUUCCCCCAGCGAGGCAACACAGAUACUGUCCGUUCCAGCAGUAGAUGAUGAAAUCAUGGGGCUCGUUUCAGAAACCACCCCAGGAGCAGCAAGUCAAGCGUCCUCCGUUGAGUCUUGUGAUAAACAUGUGGACUUGGCUCUCUGCAGAUCCUAUGAGGCUGCAGCAUCCACAGUGCAGAUUGCAGCCCACACUGCCUUUGUAGCUAAGUCUCUGCAAGCCGACCUGAGCCAGGCGGCGCAGCUUAUUAGUUCAGACCCUAGUCAUCCACACCGAGCACUUGAGAUUCUGAGCAGAGCCUACGAUGCAGCUUCAUAUGUCUGUGAUGCUGCAUUUGAUGGAGUGAGGGCAUCUGCCCAUGCCAUGGGGUCUUCUACUGUGGGCCGGCGGCAUCUGUGGUUGAAGGACUGUAAGAUUAACCCAGCUUCUAAGAAUAAGCUGACUGCUGCCCCCUUUAAAGGUGGGACAUUAUUCGGAGAGGAAGUACACAAAGUUAUUAAAAAGCGUGGAAAGAAACAGUAAUAAAGAACAGAGACAGAAGCUUAUCUUUGAUUUGUAGAAUUUAUGAACUUCUAGGAAUUAUAGCAACUUCUAUGCCAGAAUUUUCUUUUGAGGCCUUUUUAGUCUCAAUUUCAGGUGUUAAGCUUCCACUCAUCAAAGCAUAGUCUGAUCCCACAUACAGAAGCCUAGUAGAGUUUAAGUUUACAGCUUCCUGUUUUAUCUUAACACUUUCACACAAGUCUUACAUUGUUUUCUUUCUGGUUAAAUAGUUUAGAACUCUAGAUUUAAAAAAGAGUUCCAGCAUCUAAAAUAUCAGUAGUAUCCUCACUUUGUUUUGUUUUUGACAGGCUCUUUGUAGCCCUGGAUGUCCUGGAACUCACAGAGACCCCUGCCUCUGCCUCCACCCGGCAGCCUCACUUUUUCCCCUUCUUUUUAGCAGUAUCAUUCACAUACCCUUAAGCCUAGAUCAGACUUAAACAUUGUUAAUCAUUUGAAACAUUGUUCUUUUUUUUCUUCUCAAAGGAAUUUAUUUUGCAAAGUCUAGCGUGCAGGAACGCGGAGCUCACAGCCCAGUGAUUGCAGUUUGCUGGCGGCCUCUGUGGCUUAACCUUUUCCUCACUCUUGGCUAACUAUCUACAUGUUCUAAAAUUUGUCUGCAUUUUUAUUCAUGCUUUUGUCUACAACAGACUUCAUAAUAAUUCUAGAUCAUUGUAACUCUUUGAGUGCCAGUACACAGACUUGCUGAUUCAGAUACUGCAAGAAAGGAAGGGAGAGGGCAGCGUCUUGGUGGUCCAGAGGCAUAUGCUAAGUGCAUAUGGCCCUGAGUUCGGUCCACCACCCAAAAACAUCUGAUAAAAGAGUUUAAAUCUAGAGAUACUUCAUAGGAGAACGAUAAGAGAUAUGUGUACACACAUGCUCACAGGCGUGCUUAUUUUUUUAGUAAACUAAUUUUAAAAAGCAGUAUCCAGUUGUGCAUUCAGAUAGAGGAGGUAGCUGGCUUCACGGGUCACACGAGCACACAGACCACACUUUGAGGGAAGCACUGUGGGUGGUGAGAAGUUAGAUACUCUGUUCACUUAGCAUGACUUGUUAGAUGAGUAAGACACUAGAAAGACAGGGCUCUUUUACUUACAUGUACUUAAAAGGGGUGUGCUGUAUGUCCUGGGUAGUUAAAUUUCAGGUCUGAAUGCUAAAAUUAGCAAAUUUAAAUUAUUUUCUAAAAACCUUAAGAAGUUUUACUAUACUCCAAUGUCUAUGUCUGUAUGAAGCAAUGUAUUACCCUGUUUUCAUUUGUAUGGUUGUAAGGGAGCUUGACUAGAGAGACAUGGAGAACAGUUUGAACGUGCACAUGUCUGCUCCUAUCGUGUUCUUAGACUCCACAUUCCAUCUCUCCAGCUGUGUUACUUGUCUUCUAAAAUGUACAUGUAUACAUGUACCUAUUAAAUACUGUGUGAUUCUUUAAAGCCAUGUAUUCCUGUAGAAUGCUUCUACAAAUUCAAUAAAGUUGUUAAAUUUGAACAGUU